AUAGAAACAGACUCAGAGGAGCUCCACCUUUUUCAGCUCUUAUUCUGCUGAAGCUCGCAGUGAAACACAGAUCCGCUCCUUUGGGUCUGAUCCGAUUCAGCUCGGAGGUUUUAAUUCAACUUUAAUGAUUUUUCUUUAUGUUUUCUCUGUUGUGGAUGUUUGAAUGAAGCUUCAGAGAAACAGAUCGGCUCAAAGCGGAAAUGAAUCCCUUACUGACUGCUUCAUUGUGGGCUCUGCUGUCUGCCGCCUGCUUCUUCCAGGCUGCUUCUACAGAUCAGAGAACCAUCAAAAUCACAGCUGAACUUGGAAAGAACAUCAUUCUGCCAUGUAGAGCUCAUGGGAACAGGAGCAUCAUAGCCGUGGAGUGGAGCAGAGUGGAUCUGGGCUCAGAAUAUAUCCUGGUGUACAAACAUGAUCGGAUUGAUCCACAAAGCCAGCGUUGUUACUUUAAGAACGGAGUAGCUCUGCAGGAGAGAAAGAUUACAGAUGGAGACGUUUCUCUGGUUCUGAAGAACGUGAGGACUGAUGACAGAGGAACGUACCAGUGCAGAAUAGCUAAAGAAAAACUUGUCCACACCGUCCAGCUAGAUGUAGCUCCUCCUCCUCCAGAUCUUUUUGCAUCCUGGGCUGUAGCUCUGCUGGUUUUCCUUGGUCUAAGUUCAAUUGCACUUCUCUUAUAUCAUUUUCGGCACUAUUACUUGUCCGAAUACAGGGUGGUGGUGGAUUCAAAGGAGGAGUCUAUCCUGCUGCCCUGUAAGACCAGACCAUUACUGCCUGCAGACGCUAGAGUGGAGUGGAUAGACGGAAGCAACACCAAGGUCCAUGUGUAUGAGAAUGGAUCUGAUCAGCUUGAAGAACAGUACUGCCUCUACAGAACCAGAACCAAGAUGAAUAAAGACCCACUGAGAACCGGAGACCUCAGUCUGACUCUGAGACACCCCACAGAUGGAGACAGCUGGACCUACAGCUGCAGCGUCUACAGCAGGGAGGGAAGCAUCCUGAUGGAGAAACAGAUCCAUCUCCACGUCAAAGUCCAUCAGGUGGUGGUGAAGGAGGGGGCGGAGUAUGUUCAGCUGCCAUUCAUAACAACGCCUGGGCUGCCAGGAGAUGCUGAAGUGAUUUGGUUGGACAAAGAGAGCAGGAUUGCCCAUGUGUAUAAGAAUGGUUCUGAUCAACCUGGAGAACAGCAUGAUUUCUACAGGAGAAGAAACAAAACCAAGAUGAAUAACGACCCACUAAGAACCGGAGACCUGAGUCUGACAUUGAAACGUCCCACAAUGAGAGACUGUGGAGAGUAUGGAUGUUCAGUCACAAAGGAUUUAUACGUCCUGAGAGUUAAAAAAGUCCAACUUAUUGUCAAAGCAGGGACAGCUCAGUCCAGGACCAACCAGAGGACAUCAGGACCAGAAGCAUCUCCAUUGAUCGAUGUCAUAUGAUAGCUGAUCAGUUUGUUGAUCUGUCUUUGAUUAAUGAUCCAAUCUGAGUUUUGGAUGAAGAGAGGACAAUGGAUCCAGACUGCAGACUCUUUAUUAAUCAGUACCAAUAAAGAGGAUUCAAAGCAUUUUCAGUCAGAAGGAUCAGACCAGAAAUUUUAAUGGGUAAAAACUGUCCCCGCUUAUAAAGACACCAUCAUUAGGUCAUACUGCCUCGGCUCCACUUUAACAGACAAUUCUGCUGCCUUUAUGGAAACUGAGACUUUAAUGUUUCUAAACCUUGGGAUUGUAGAAGCAAUUUAUAGGGAAGAUGCAUUUAUGGUUAAACCAACAGUAGAAACUCUUCAGUUUCCCCCCAAAAACUGAAGAGUUGCUUAAACGGGGUCUGAGUUUACCAACCAAAAGCUCCUGUUUCUGCUGGAGUGGAACAACCAUCACAUUCUUUAGUCAUCUGUGAGAAACCUCUGCAAUUCACUGGAAUUUCACUGGACUCUGUGGUUCUGAGUUUUAAGCUGAUGAUUCAGAUGAAGAAGAACCCAAGUUCUUCCACAUGGUCCAACACAUACCUGCCCUCAGCUUCCACAUGGACACACAGCUGCAGAUGAACCUGAGGCUGUCUGUGGAGAACAGAACUCGGCCAGCUGAAGGUCUAAUGUGUUUAUGUUCCAAAAAAAACCUAGGGAAUUAUUAGCACUGCAUUAAGAACAGAUUCACUAUCUGAGCCCAAUGGGACCCAGAACCAAUCUUCACCUCCUGAGGAACAACCAUCAUUAUUUUAUCAGCAACUGAAAUCCAGAUGCAUAAAAAUAUGAACACUUUUAUCAGUUCAUUUUUAAAGAUUCAGAUCUUUAGAGUGCCUUACACUCUACAAGAACACUAAACCGGUAAAAACCUGCGUUUUCAGGCUGUAAGCUGAUGUUCUUCCAGGUCAUGUUUAAGGGACGAGCCUUCGAGGACGUCCUUGGAACCCCUGGGGUUCCUCUAUAUUAAAACCCUGUUUUCGAAGUCAAAGGCCUCUUUUUCCAGAGACUCCACAUAGGUCUGAAUAAUGUCUGACCCUGCAGGCAACAGAUGACAUUCUUCCAGUCUGAUCGAGCUGAUCAACAGCAGCUCACAUCUUCAAUCAUCAGUCAGCCAUUAGCCAGACUCUGAAGUGUUUCCUUAUCAGGGCAUUUAGAUUUGUUUACGAUCUUGGAGUUUUCUGAUAUUAUUUUUCCACAUUGCUUUUGGAGUUUUUGUUAAAACAACUCACUGUUUUAUGCCGAUGUCCGGAUCUGAUAUUGAUAUCUGCCAUUAAAAAAAAGACUGGAUUAUAAUGGUCCGCAAUUUAAAUUCACUGCGAAUGUAUUAGUUUUAGGUAUAAAUAAUGAUCCAUUGAUUAUUCCUUGCUGACCGGACUUUUCCUUUAAAACCACAUUUCUAUAGUGAUUUUUCAAACCUGUGAUGGUUUUAAUGGAGAAAAUAAAAUGUGAUGAAUGUUGGAACAUUAA